AUGUUGGCUCGAAUACUGAAGAGUGGUCAGUGUCAAAGUCAGGUGACCGGGUAUAAAGAGCUGAAGCUGAGGGCAGUUUUUGAAGACUCAUUCUUGGCUGUACGUACCGAGAUGUACCAGAAGCCUCAGACUGAGUCAGUCUCUGUGGAGAGUCAGGAACUGUGUGUGGCAACAGGGCAGAGGUCAGAGGUCAGAGCUGUAAUAUCACUAUCACUCCUGAUAUUGAAACAAACACGUCCUUAUUGUCCCACAGACUCUAAAGCCAUCGUGGAUGGGAACCUGAAGCUGAUCCUGGGUCUGAUCUGGACCCUGAUCCUGCACUACUCCAUCUCCAUGCCCAUGUGGGAGGACGAGGACGACGAAGACGCUAAGAAACUGACCCCCAAACAGCGUCUGCUGGGCUGGAUCCAGAACAAGGUGCCCCAGCUCCCCAUCACCAACUUCCACCGAGACUGGAGGGACGGCAAGGCACUGGGAGCACUGGUGGACAACUGCGCCCCAGGUCUGUGUCCAGACUGGGAAACAUGGGAUCCCAGUCAGCCGGUGGAAAACGCCAGAGAGGCCAUGCAGCAGGCUGACGACUGGCUGGGAGUACCACAGGUGAUCGCUCCUGAGGAGAUCGUAGAUCCUAACGUGGACGAGCACUCUGUGAUGACCUACCUGUCUCAGUUUCCCAAAUCUAAACUGAAGCCCGGCGCCCCCUUGAGGGCGAAGACGCUGCACCCAAAGAGGGCCAAAGCCUACGGACCAGGUAUUGAGCCUCGGGGUAACGUGGUGUUGAAACCAGCAGAGUUUCUGGUGGAGACGGUGGAGGCUGGACUGGGUGAGGUUCUGGUUUAUGUGGAGGAUCCAGAGGGACACACGGAGGAGGCCCGAGUGAUCCCCAACAACGACAAGAACAGAACCUACUCGGUGGUCUACCUGCCCAAAGUGGAGGGGCUUCAUAAAGUGAAGGUGCUGUUUGCAGGGCAGGACAUCGACAGAAGUCCCUUCAUGGUAAAUGUUUCGAAGGCCAUGGGCGACCCAACCAGAGUUCAGGCCCGCGGGCCGGGACUGCAGCAGAUAGGAAACGUGGCCAACAAACCUACAUACUUUGACAUUUACACUGCAGGGGCGGGUGCUGGAGAUGUAGGCGUCAUCAUUGUUGAUUCAAAUGGUCGGAGGGAUACAGUGGAGAUUGUCUUGGAGAACAAAGGGGACAGUAUUUUCCGCUGCACCUAUGUUCCCGUCCUAGAGGGACCUCACACCGUCUAUGUGACCUUUGCUGGGCAGCAGAUUCCCAGAAGCCCUUUUACUGUGCACAUCUCAGAGGUUCCACAGAGCGUCCCGCCACCCGGGUCUCCUGUGCAGAUUGGACCUCAGUCCAUACGCACCCCACCCUCAGACAAGACAAGGAGAGGCCCCCCUCCGACACCGCCCAAACCCAGGCGACCAACCUGUAACCCGAACGCCUGCAGGGCGUCAGGCAGAGGUCUGCAGCCGAAGGGCCUGAGAGUGAAAGAAGUGGCAGAUUUUAAAGUUUACACUAAAGGAGCCGGCAGUGGGGAGCUCAAAGUCACCGUAAAGGGACCAAAGGGCCUGGAGGAGCCGGUGAAGGUUCUUGAGAUGGAAAACGGGAUGUAUGAGUGUAAUUAUUACCCCAUCAUGACAGGAAAAUACAUCAUAACCAUCACCUGGGGAGGACACAGUAUCCCACGCAGUCCAUUCGAGGUUCAGGUGAGUGAGGAGGCGGGGCCUCAGAAGGUGAGGGCCUGGGGUCCAGGUCUGGAGACCGGUAUGGUGGGGAAGAGCGCUGACUUUGUGGUGGAGGCCAUCGGCACGGAGGUGGGAACACUCGGUUUCUCCAUCGAGGGUCCUUCUCAGGCAAAGAUCGAGUGCGAUGAUAAAGGUGAUGGGUCAUGCGAUGUUCGGUACUGGCCGACUGAACCGGGUGACUAUGCUGUGCACGUCAUAUGUGAUGACGAGGACAUCAAGGACAGUCCUUUCAUGGCCCACAUCCUGCCUGCUGCCAAUGACGUCUUCUCAGAAAACGUGAAAUGUUACGGUCCAGGUCUGGAGCCGCUGGGCUGCAUCGUCAACAAACCUGCUGAUUUUACCAUUGAUACUCAUGGAGCUGGCAGAGGAGAGCUGAGGCUCUACGCUCAGGAUGCAGAGGGUUUCCCCAUCGACAUACAGAUCACAGAUAAUGGAGACAGCACCUAUUUCUGUGUUUACAUUCCCACUAAACCCAUCAAACACACCAUCAUCAUCACCUGGGGUGAAGUCAACGUCCCCAAUAGCCCCUUCAGGGUGACGAUAGGAGAAGGCAGUCAUCCAGAGAACGUGAAGGUUUACGGUCCAGGUGUGGAGAAGACGGGACUGAAGGCCAACGAGCCGACAUACUUCACUGUGGACUGCAGCGAGGCCGGACAGGGCGAUGUCAGCAUUGGGAUCAAGUGUGCUCCAGGUGUUGUUGGUCCUGCAGAGGCCGACAUUGACUUUGACAUCAUCAAGAACGAUAACGACACGUUCACGGUGAAGUACACGCCUCCAGGUGCCGGUCAGUACACCAUCAUGGUGCUGUUCGCCGACCAGGAAAUUCCCAUCAGCCCCUUCAGAAUAAAGGUGGAUCCUUCCCAUGAUGCAGCUAAAGUCAGAGCAGAGGGACCUGGACUCAACAAGAUAGGUGUUGAAGUUGGAAAACCGACUCACUUCACCAUUUACACAAAGGGAGCCGGUAAAGCCAAACCUGAGGUUCAUUUUACUGGAGCAGCCAAAGGUGAAGCGGUCAGAGACUUCGAGAUCAUCGACAACCAUGACUACUCGUACACCGUCCGCUACACCGCCAUCCAGCAGGGGAACAUGUCCAUCACUGUGUGUCACGGAGGAGACCCCAUCCCCAAAAGUCCAUUUAACAUUAGUGUGGCCCCCCCGCUGGACCUCAACAAGGUCAAAGUUCAGGGUUUGAACAACAAGGUGGACGUUGGGAAGGAUGAGGAGUUCUCUGUCAGUACUCAGGGUGCUGGAGGUCAGGGCAAACUGGAUGUCAAGAUCACCUCACCAUCACGUCGACCAAUCCCCUGCAAGCUGGAGUCGGGCACAGCCAAUGAGGUGCACACGGUGAAGUACAUUCCCCCUGAGGAAGGGCCGUACAGAGUGGACAUCAGCUACGACGGAAACCCCAUACCAGGAAGUCCGUUCACUGUGGAGGGCGUCAUGCCACCUGACCCUUCAAAGGUUCGAGCCUACGGCCCUGGUCUUCAGGGUGGUGUUGUCGGUAAACCGGCCCCCUUUGCCAUUGACACAAAGGGAGCUGGUACUGGUGGUUUGGGCCUGACGGUAGAGGGACCCUGUGAGGCUAAGAUCGAAUGCCAGGACAACGGUGAUGGUUCCUGCUCUGUGUCGUACCUGCCCACUGAGCCCGGUGAGUACGCCAUCAACAUCCUGUUUGCAGACCAGCACAUCCCCGGGUCCCCCUUCAAGGCUGUGGUCCAGUCGGUGUUUGAUCCCAGCAAGGUGACGGCCAGCGGUCCUGGCCUGGAGCGAGGGAAAGUCAACGAAGACGGAUCCUUCACAGUGGACUGCUCUAAAGCUGGAGAGGCUGAGCUCACCAUCGAGAUCAUCUCAGACUCCGGAGCCAAAGCCGAAGUUCACAUCCAGAACAACAGCGACGGGACCUACUCCAUCACCUACAUCCCACAGUUCCACGGCAUGUACACCAUCACCAUCAAAUAUGGAGGACACGCAGUGCCAAAGUUCCCCACCCGACUACAGGUGGACCCGGCUGUCGACACCAGUGGGGUGAAGGUCUACGGACCAGGAGUGGAACCCAGAGGUGUCCUGAGGGAAGUGACCACCCAUUUCACAGUGGACGCCCGGGCUCACUAUAAGAGUGGCGGCAGCCAUAUCAAGGCCUGCAUCUCCAAUCCAUCCGGCGCCAACACCGACGCCUACAUCACGGACAAAGGCGAUGGGACGUACAGAGUGGAGUACACACCCUACGAGGAUGGUUUGCAUCUGAUUGAAGUGUUGUUUGAUGAGGUCUCGGUGCCUAAGAGUCCGUUCAGGGUUUCAGUGACGGAGGGUUGCGAUCCCAGUCGAGUCAGAGCCUACGGUCCAGGCCUGGAGGAAGGACUGGUUAACAAACCAAACCGCUUCACUGUCGAGACCAGAGGUGCUGGCACCGGAGGUCUUGGCCUGGCCAUCGAGGGCCCAUCUGAGGCGAAGAUGUCAUGUAAGGAUAACAAAGAUGGCAGCUGCAGCGUGGAGUACAUUCCUUUCACUCCUGGAGAGUACGACGUCAACAUCACCUUUGGAGGCCUUCCUAUCCCAGGGAGUCCAUUUCGGGUUCCAGUGCGAGAGUUGGUGGAUCCCAGUAAAGUGAGGUGUUCAGGUCCCGGCCUGGGCAGUGGAGUCCGAGCCCACGUCCCCCAGACCUUCACUGUAGACAGCAGUAAGGCUGGGGUGGCCCCCCUGGAGGUCCAGCUCUACGGGCCCACGGGUGUGGCGGAGCCAAUCAGCAUCACCGACAACAGCGACGGCACUCACACGGUCAACUACACUCCUGCCAACGACGGUCCGUACACGGUGUGCGUGAAGUACGCUGAUCAGGAGGUCCCUCGCAGUCCUUUUAAGAUCAAGACGUUACCGGCUCAUGACGCCAGUAAAGUUCGAGCCAGCGGUCCAGGUCUUAAUGCAUCCGGAGUUCCAGCCAGUCUCCCGGUUGAGUUCACCAUCGAUGCCAGAGAUGCCGGAGAGGGAUUGCUCACGGUUCAGAUACUGGAUCCAGAGGGAAAACCCAAGAAGGCGAACAUCCGGGACAACAGAGACGGGACUUACACGGUGUCCUACGUACCGGACAUGGCGGGACGGUACACCAUCACCAUCAAAUACGGAGGAGACGAGAUCCCGUACUCACCGUACCGCAUCCAUGCCCUCCCCACUGGAGACGCCAGCAAAUGUCUGGUUACAGUGUCAAUCGGAGGUCACGGACUGGGAUCAGGUAUCGGCCCGACCAUUCAGAUCGGAGAGGAGACGGUCAUCACCGUGGAUGCAAAGGCAGCUGGGAAAGGUAAAGUCACCUGUAAGGUAUCGACCCCUGACGGCGCGGAGCUGGAUGUAGACGUGGUGGAGAACGCCGACGGGACGUUUGAUAUUUACUACACGGCUCCGGAGCCCGGGAAAUAUGUCAUCACCAUUCGAUUCGGAGGGGAAAACAUUCCCAACAGCCCCUUCCACGUGGUGGCGAGUGAUACCGUCCCAAUAAUAGAGGAACCAUGUGACAAGCUUCAGUUACAGCAGGCCUUCACUCCCUAUGUGGGCUUCUCCCCUCAAUGGGCCACCGAUGAUCCCAUCAGCCCCGUGGACGGGAUGGAGCCGAUGCUCCGCCCCUUCAGUCUGGUCAUUCCCUUCACUGUGCAGAAAGGAGAGAUCACAGGUGAAGUGCGAAUGCCGUCCGGGCGAACUGCCUGUCCUCACAUCACAGACAACAAAGACGGCACCGUCACAGUGAAAUACUCCCCGACAGAGCGAGGCCUGCACGAGAUGGACAUCAAGUAUGAUGGAAACCAUAUCCCAGGAAGUCCACUCCAGUUCUACGUUGAUGCCAUUAACAGUGGUCAUGUGACGGCGUAUGGCCCUGGUCUGACUCAUGGGACGGUGAACAGACCGGCCACCUUCACCAUUGUUACUAAAGACGCUGGAGAAGGUGGUCUCUCUCUGGCCGUUGAAGGUCCGUCUAAAGCUGAGAUCAGCUGUAAAGACAACAAAGACGGGACCUGUACUGUGUCGUACCUGCCCACCGCACCAGGAGACUAUAACAUCAUCGUCAAGUUUGAUGACAAACACAUCCCUGGCAGCCCCUUCACGGCCAAGAUCACUGGUGACGACUCCAUGAGGACAUCUCAGCUCAACGUCGGCACAGCAACAGAUGUUUCCUUGAAAAUCACAGAGACGGACCUGAGCAGCCUGAUGGCGAGCAUCAGAGCGCCGUCUGGAAACGAGGAGCCGUGUCUGCUGAAGAGGCUACCCAACAGACACAUCGGGAUCUCGUUCACACCGAAAGAAGUAGGCGAACAUGUGGUGAGCGUGAAGAAGAACGGGAAACACGUGACCAACAGUCCGUUUAAGAUCAUGGUCGGUCAGUCGGAGAUCGGAGACGCCAGCAAGGUGAAGGUUUACGGUCAGGGGCUGGUGGAGGGGCAUACCUUCGAGGUGGCCGAGUUCAUCGUUGACACCAGGAACGCAGGUUAUGGGGGUCUGGGUCUGUCCAUCGAGGGUCCCAGUAAAGUGGACAUUAACUGUGAGGACGUGGAGGACGGGACAUGUAAAGUCACCUACUGUCCAACUGAGCCUGGAAACUACAUCAUCAACAUCAAGUUCGCCGACCAACACGUCCCAGGAAGUCCGUUCACAGUGAAAGUGUUCGGCGAGGGCAGGAUGAAGGAGAGCAUCACCAGGAAACGUCAGGCUCCCUCCAUCGCUACUGUGGGCAGCACCUGUGACCUUAACCUCAAAAUACCAGGGAACUGGUUUCACAUGGUCUCGGCUCAGGAGCGUCUGACCCGGACAUUCACUCGCAGCAGUCACACCUACACCCGGACAGAGCGGACGGAGAUCAGUAAGACUCGAGCGGGGGAGACGAAGAGGGAGGUCCGUGUAGAGGAGAGCACUCAGGUGGGAGGAGAGCCAUUCAGAGACGUGUUCGGAGACUUCCUGGGACGAGAGAGUCUGAGUGGAUUCAACGGCAUGCCGGCGGGCAGCCGACCGCCGCUGCAGGACGGUGAGGCAGGUAACCAGGAGAUGACAGCUCAGGUGACAAGCCCUGGAGGAAAGACGGAGGACGCGGAGAUCAUCAAAGGAGAGGACAGCGCCUACAGCGUCCGCUUCAUCCCUCAGGAAAUGGGAGCUCACACCGUUAAUGUUAAAUACCGGGGCCAACACGUCCCCGGGAGCCCCUUCCAGUUCACCGUGGGGCCCCUGGGAGAGGGAGGGGCCCACAAGGUCCGAGCAGGGGGAACUGGGCUGGACCGAGGAGUGGCAGGGAUCCCAGCUGAGUUCAGUAUCUGGACCAGAGAGGCCGGAGCUGGAGGUCUGUCCAUUGCUGUGGAGGGACCGAGCAAAGCUGAGAUCACCUUUGAAGACAGGAAGGACGGAUCCUGUGGAGUCGCCUACGUGGUUCAGGAACCUGGCGACUAUGAGGUUUCCAUUAAGUUCAACGAUGAACACAUCCCCGACUCUCCGUUCAUCGUCCCCAUCGCCACGCUGUCUGACGACGCUCGCCGCCUCACCAUCACCAGCCUGCAGGAGAUGGGUCUGAAAGUUGGCCAGGAGGCCUCCUUUGCUGUACAGCUGAACGGAGCCAGAGGGCUGAUCGAUGCUAAGAUCCACACGCCAUCAGGAGCAAUAGAGGAGUGUUACAUCACUGAGCUGGACAGCGACCAACAUGCUAUCAGAUUCAUCCCGAGGGAAAAUGGAGUUCAUUCUAUCGAUGUUCGUUUCAAUGGCAGCCACGUCCCUGGAAGUCCCUUCAAGAUCCGAGUGGGAGAACCGGGACAGGUUGGAGAUCCUGACAUGGUGUCUGCCUUUGGACCAGGACUGGAGGGAGGAACCACUGGCGUGCCAUCCGAGUUUAUUGUGAACACGUGUAACGCCGGCUCAGGAGCUCUGUCUGUGACCAUCGACGGACCGUCAAAGGUGAAGAUGGACUGUCAGGACUGUCCUGAGGGCUACAAGGUUUCUUACACACCAAUGGCUCCUGGAAACUACCUAAUCUCCAUCAAGUACGGUGGAUCCCAGCACAUCGUAGGCAGCCCCUUCAAGGCCAAAGUCUCAGGAAGUGAAUACUCUGAGCUUUCAGUGCAUGAGGAAGAGGAGUUUGAGGAGCUGCAGCGGAGUGACUGA